AUGGCCAGGGGUCCUGAGGACGUGCGGAGCUGGCCAGCCCUGGUGCUGCUGGCCGCCGUGGUCACUGCUGUGACAGAGGCCACCAACCCUGGCUUCACGACCAGGAUCUCCCAGAAGGGCCUGGACUAUGCCUGCCAGCAGGGGGUGGCCGUGCUGCAGAAGGAGCUGGAGAAGAUCCGCAUCCCCGACUUCUCUGGAAAAUUCAAGAUCAAGCCUUUCGGGAAAGGGCACUACAACUUCCACAGCUUGGUUGUCCGCAGUUUCCAGCUUCCCAAUCCCCAGAUCAGGCUGCAGCCCAACGUGGGCCUUCGCGUCUCCAUCAGCAACGCCAAUGUCAGGAUCGGCGGGCGAUGGAAGGCCAGGAAGAGUUUCAUCAAAGUCAGAGGCAAGUUCGACCUGAGCGUGGAGGGCAUCUCCAUCUUGGCGGAUCUCAAGCUGGGCAAUGUCCCCGCCUCGGGCCGUGCCACUGUCACCUGCUCCAGCUGCAGCAGCAACGUCAACAGGGCCCGCUUGCGGGUCUCGGGCAUCCUGGGGUGGCUGGUUAAACUCUUCCACAAAAGAAUCGAGUCUUCGCUCAGAAACACCAUGAACAGCAAGAUUUGCCAGGUGCUGACCAGUUCUGUGUCCUCCAAGCUGCAACCUUAUGUCGAGACUCUGCCACUGAAAGAGAAGAUCGAUUCCGUGGCCGGGAUCGACUACAGUCUGGUGGCACCGCCCAGAGCCACGGCCGACAGCCUGGACCUGCAGCUCAAGGGCGAGUUUUACAACCUGGCCCACCACAGCCCACCGCCCUUCGCACCACCGGCCAUGGCGCUUCCCAGCCUCCAUGACCGCAUGAUCUACCUGGCCAUUUCCGACUACCUCUUCAACACAGCCGCGCUGGUGUACCAACAGGCUGGAGCCUUCGGCCUGACCCUGAGGGACGACAUGAUCCCCAAGGAGUCCAAAUCCAGACUGACAACCAAGUUCCUCGGGAAAGCCCUACCCCAGGUGGCCAAGAUGUUCCCCAACAUGAAUGUGCAGCUCACGCUGUCCGUCUCCUCCCCGCCACACCUGACCACGCGCCCCGCCGGCAUUGCCCUCACCGCCGCCGUGGACGUGCAGGCCUUUGCCAUCCUCCCCAACUCCUCCCUGGCUUCUCUCUUCCUGCUUGGCCUGAAACUGAACACCUCGGCGAAGAUUGGCACCAAGGCGGACCAGCUGGUUGGAGAACUCACGCUGGGCAGGCUGAUCCUGGAGCUGAAGCACUCCAACAUCGGCUCCUUCCCGGUUGAACUGCUGCAGGCCCUCAUGGACUACGUGCUGUCCGCUGUCGUGCUCCCCAAAGUGAACGAAAAACUGCAGCGAGGGCUCCCUCUGCCGAUGCCCCGGAAGGUGCAGCUCUACGACCUGGUGCUGCAGCCACACCAGGAUUUCCUGCUGCUCGGUGCCAACGUCCGGCAUGGCUGACGUCGCUUCCCGGGCAAG